GUCUUGCAGGAGAAUGAAAGUAAUGCCCUGGAAGGAGCUGCCACCCACAGCUGGAAGGGAAAAACUGCCAGGGAAAAGUCGGGAAGAGGAGGCAGAGCUGGAAGAGCUGUACCUGCACCACGACUGAGCAGAAGUUCUUGGACUUCCUCACUUUGCUCCAAGCCCUUGAAAUAGGAGAAGCCAGGAAGAUGCUCCAGCACUUGUGGAACAGAUUCUGAGGGGCACCAGCAGAUCCGACCAUGGCACCGGUUCCGGUCAGUGCCUUGUACAUGAGACCCUUGAAAUGGAUUUUCCUGUUGCUGCUGGUGUUUUCCCUGAUAACCAUGUGGUACAUCACCUCCUCCUCCAACGCUGGCCUGGAGAGCAUCAACCUCCUCUACUUCUACGAGUACGAGCCCGUGUACCGGCAGCAGCGCCCGUUCUCGCUGCGCGAGCGCCCCAAGUGCGCCGACGUCGACCCCUUCCUGGUCAUCCUGGUGGCUUCCAGCCCCAGGGACGUGAAAGCCAGGCAGGCCAUCAGGAUCACGUGGGGCUCCCGGGAUUCCUGGUGGGGCCAGCGCGUCCUGACCCUGUUCCUGCUGGGGCGGGACACGCAGAGGGAGGACGGGGCGGCGGCGCUGUCGGUGGAGGACGAGAGCAUCCUCUACGGGGACAUCAUCCGCCAGGAUUUCACGGACACUUACGACAACCUCACCCUGAAGACCAUCAUGGCAUUCCAGUGGUUCUCCGAGUUCUGCUCCAACGCCAGGUUCUUCAUGAAGACCGACACCGAUGUCUUUAUCAACACUCCCAACCUGGUGAAGCUCCUGCUGCAGCUGAAUUCCUCGGAGAACGUCUUCACCGGGUAUCCCCUCAUCAACAACUUCGUCUACAGAGGCCUGGACAGAAGGAGGUACAUCUCCUAUCAGGAAUAUCCCUUCAGGCUGUAUCCUCCCUACUGCAGCGGGCUGGGAUACAUACUGGAUGGAAAACUGGCUCUGAGGACCUACGAGCUGAUGGGCCACGUCAAACCUCUGAAAUUUGAGGAUGUUUAUGUGGGAAUUUGCUUAAAUAUACUCAAAGUCAACGUCACUGUUCCAGAGGAUGCAGAACAGUUCUUUCUCUAUAAAAUCAGCUUUGAUAUCUGUAAGUACAGACAUUUGAUUGCAGUUCAUGGCCUUACAUCAAAUGAACUGGUCCAGUUUUGGCAGGAUUUGUCAUCUGACACUUCAAAAACUUGCCUUUGAUUGUGGAUUUAUUUAGAAACUUCUGUUUGGUGCGAGAGUGGCCUCUAGAGACGACUCUGACUGCUGGGGCAGCGUUUCUUGAGGGCAUUCCAAUGCUCUUCAGUAAAAACAGGGAUUCACAGAGCACUUUUCCAUGUGUGUGUCCCACACCCAGAGGUUCCUUGGAACCCCCUGCCUCUGCUGCCUUUCCAUGUGCUCGGAGCAACCCUGGGAUUUCCCCCUGAACCUUCUGGAAUGUACAAAAUGCCACCGAGGGAAGGUGUUUAUGCCAAGAAAGCAUCUUUGAUUUGAAAUUCCUGCCUGGAUUGUUUUUAUUGUUUUAUUGCCACUCUCCAUUAUUUGUUCUCUGCCCAGCACGAAAUUUAACCCAACCCAAGCUUUUUUUUUUGCCUGUGUAAUCCUCCUGAGAGUGUCACAACUUGGUAUUUAAAUGUGUCACCUCCACAAGGCUUCCAGGAGUGUUCCCAGCCUGGGGAUCCUGUGGGAUUUGCAGGAGCUGAUGAGAAAUGCUGGAAAUGUGGUGCAAUUUGUGUCUCCACGUUCACUGGAAUGGCUUUGGUGUCUCUGCUGAUGUUCCCAGAUCAGGCAGAUGGAGCUCACGAGCAAUUUGGACAUCCCAAAAACAUUUGGAUCAUCAAUCCCCCCACCCCUCUGUGUGUGUGUGUGUGAUGCAUCCCAGGAGUUCUGGAACCCUGUGGGGAAGAUGAAGAAUCAUUUCUGUUGUGAUUUAUGUCUGUUUCUAAAUGAGUAUUUUUGUUCCAAUUUUAAAAUUAACAAAGGCAGGAAUUCCCCCACCUCUGAAGAAGACUAGCUCCACCCUGUGUGUAAAGACCGGUUUUUAAUCACUUUAUUCAUAUCAGCAAGGCCCAGUUUUCAGUAGUUUACACUUCUAAUGGACAACGAUACAGAAUUUGCAAUUGCAUGAACAUAAUUAACCUGGACACAUCCACUACACGGGGGAGGGACUGCGGAGACGUCCUGGACGCGCUCCCGUUGGGCUGGCACAACCCCAGGGCCCCGUUGUGGCUUGGGGACAGAGCCCAGGGGCUGGGACAGAGCCCAGGGGCUGGGACAGCCUCCAGGAGCUCGGCUGAGGCUCCCCUGUGCCCCCAGCACGCCGGGCUCCGCGGGCAGCGCCGGCUUUUGCUCCGCUCCACACCUGGCCUGGGCGUGCGAUUUGAGGAUGGGCUUGUGUUCUUUAGGGAUCAAAAGGUCUUGGGGACAACACUCUCCAGACAAGGGUUUCAAAUGUUGGUGUUCUGAUGGGGAGGAGAUUUUAAAAAAUGAAGGCUUUUUGUUUUUUUUAGGGGUGGGGGAAAUACGGUAUUGCAUAAUUGAGGGAAUCGAUGCUCCUGUAUUCCUAGAUUGGGGUGAAAUUCCAGCUGUGCCGUGGGUUUAGGAGCUGGGAUUUGUUCGUUCUCUGAGCAGGUGCUGGGAGAACUGCCUUGUUCUGUGAUUGUUUACACAUCUUAAACCCCAAACCCCUCCGUUUUCCUCUAAGCCUGCCAUGUGAAAUGAUGAGAAAUAAAUUAUUUACCACAAGAACACUGAUACUACAGCACAGCUUGUAUUGCUUUCUCAAAAAAAGAAAUGUAAUUGUGACUCUUCUGCCUUCAGAAAAUGGAUAAAGCAGAGAGUGCUCGUGCUGAGGGAGGAAAGAGAGUCCUGGGGAGGUGAGGAUGGCCAGAAAUUCUCCUGUCACCUGCAGGAAUUUGGGGUUUUUGUGCCCCAAAGGCUGACACUGCUCACAGGUUCCAAGCCUUAGCUUUAUACACAGUGAUCUCUUUGUGCCACCUGAAAUUCAUUGUCAUUUACAGUGCCAGCAGCAUUGGAAAAACAUCCUGCUCCUGGAUUUCCUUAAAAAAAAAAAACACCUCAUUUCCAAACCUGGCUUGUAUUUGAUUCUGACUUUAUUAUUGCUUAAAAGCCUGUAAAAUUCCUAACUGAGCUCCUGUUUCUGCUCAAAGCCAUUCUUAGGGAAGUUUUUAGUGUAAGAAGCCUGGCAAAAGGUGAAAAACCUUAAAAAUAUGAAAUAAUUUGGGAAUUGAAGUGUGGAGGGGUUACAUUUUAUUGCAUCUGCUUAGAACACUGUACUAAAAGUGUAAAACACAGGCUGAAAGUUUUCCAAAUCCUAAGGGAUUUUUUUUCCUCAUGCAGCUGUAUUAAAUCAGAAUUCCAAAUAUUUGUGAUUUUGAUAGGAAAACUGGGGGUUUCCUGAACUGAAAAGCCUAAUAAUAGUAAUAAUAACAACAAUAAUAAUUAUAAUUAUUGUAAUAAUUCAUUGGGCAAAGGUGUUUGGAAGUUGCUGCUGGGUGGGGAGCAAAGUGGAUUCCAAGAUGAAAUUCCCAGUCUUGAUGUUAUUUCUGAGGGGUUGAAAUGCUGCAAUGCUUCCUGUUCAUCCUGGAACAAACAAAUUCCCAAUAAAUCCUACAGGAGAUGGAGGGGCAGCAUUCCCUGUGGUCACUAUAAUAGGAUAUCUGGGAUAUUUCCCUAAAUUUUGCCUCACGUUUAGGGAUGAUUGGUGUCAGAGCAGGCCAGAAAACGGAGAGGCUGCCUGUGUCCAGGCUUCCAAAAAUGCAGGAAUAUGCUUGGAAAAAAAGUGCUUUACUCCCCUAUUGCUCAGAUAAUUCCCAGAAUUUGGGUUGGAAGGGACCUUAAAAACCACCUGAUUGCAGCUUCCUUAGGACUGAGCAGAGCAGACACAGGAGCUGCCCGAAUCCAUGAAAUCCACACAUUUUUCCCCUCAAGAAUUGCCCUCAAACCUGUUUUUGUGGUUCUGGAAAAACUCCAGCUGCACCCACUGGGUUUUGUUUUCCAGAGCACCCAGAUUAUCCUUCAGAGCUGGACACAGCUGAUCCCUGGAAUUUUAAGUUACCUCAGGAAAAUCCGUAUUUCUCCACCUGCUCCCCUAAGCCUUGUCCAAGUCAGCACUGGAAAAAUAAAAGUCAUGAAAUUUCAGCUCGUUAUGAACUGUCCAGAACUUUUUUUCUGGGAGUUUUGGAAAGGCCAUUUAUGAAUAUAUCGGGCACAAAGGGCAGCAGCUCUGGGCUCUGCCCAGAGUGGCCAAUUCCAGCAGAACAUUCUCACUUGGAAUUUUGUACAGAGGCCUAAAAUCCUACUUUGGGAGAUGAAAAGCUGGUGAGGUGUUUUAUUUUUGUAGUAUAAUCACUGACUAAAUGCUUCUCUGUGUAAAACAAGUAUCAGCUACAUUAGCAGUAAUUCCAUAUUAUUUAAAGCAGGGCUGUCCUGUAUCCUGAGACGCAAAAUUCCCUUUUUUUUUAGGCAUUGGUGUUUCUGCAGCCAAGCUGACACAGCGCUUUCAUUCUGCCUUCUGGAUUCCCAAAUCUUCACAAUAUUUUUCAUUUCACCUCUGGAAAUGCUUUAACCCUGCAACGACAGCAGCAGCAGCGGGAGUUUAAAUCCUUUAUCCGGGGGAUGUGUGGGAAUGUCAGGGCAGGCUCAGCCGGUAGAAGGAGCCACGGUGCCACCAAAUCAGGUGUGCCCAGCUCCUGGGACAGGCUGGGACAGCCACAUUCCUGCCAGGAAUUCAGGGUGAGCUCCGUGGCAAUCUGUGCUCCAGGCUGAGAGAGAUGGAAUAUCCCACGGGAGCCACCUGGGAGCUGGGAUAUCCCUGGGAACAGCCAGAGCUGGCUCAGCUGAGUGGCUCCAGGUGCAUUUUUGGCACCCUGGGCCAUGGGGAAGAUGCUUUCUGGCAGCGACUCCGCGGGUCAGCGCUGGGCACCGAGGCUCCGGAUCAUCAAACCACCAAACUUCCCGGGAUGGCCGCAGCCCUUGUGCCACAGCCAGCGGGAUAUUCCUGGCUCCAGCACCUGGCAACCCUUCCCAGAUGGAGGAUGGAGCGUUAAGGCAGUGGGAGAACCCUGGGUUGGUCAGGUUGCAUAAGCAGGAUGUACAAGGAGUUCAUCUCGCCAGCCUCCAGCUGCGUCACGACGGAGUUUGGCACGGAUCAGCACGGCCGGGAAGUUGGAAAUGCCUUGAUUUGGAGGAAAAACUUCCAAACUUUCCAGCUGGGAGCACAGGUAGGCACUGCACGUGGAUGUGGGAGACCACACAAAGCCUCUCACCUCCAUCAGUCCUUCCUCUUCAAACCUGAAGCAGCUGAAGCUCCUUUUUUAAAGCAAUCAAAGCAAAAAUCCCCGGGGCUGAGCAGAGAUCGUUGGCAUGGAUGGCUUUGGCCAUGGAUGGCCAGCGCUGCCAGGGAGGGGGCACAGGGGACUGGAGGUGCUGAACCGGUGCUUGCUGCAGCUGCAGCCACUUGGAGGUUGCCACAGGGCUGAUUUGGAGCUGCCUGGAGGGGCUGCAGUGCCAGGGAACGAUCCUGGAAUGAUGCAGGCAAACCUGCAAACCGGCACUGCCCUGCUGCGCCUGCCUGCAUCCCGGAGCGUGGCUCACUUCCAGCGGCAGCUGCUCUCCCAGUGCUCCCUCCUGGCUGGGAAUUCCUGCCAGCUCCUUUUCCUGGCUGUCCCAGGGCUGCAGGGGCAGCCAGCCAGCUGUGCUCCAGAGGUCAUGGAUCCCUCAGGAAUGCUCACUGACCUUGGGAUGCUCCGUGCAGCAAGGAGCUCCCAGGCCAGUGCUGUUGAGCUGUUUUUCUGGGAAUGACUGUCAUUCCAGCUUCUCCAGUGCCUGUGAUGGGUUAGUGGGGAUGUCUCUGGACACAAACAUCCCUCUCCUUUAGAGCUGCUGGCUGGAAUUCCCUUUUUUCCCCUUUUCCCAGGGCAGCUGUGCCCUCCAAAGGAAAGGCACAAUGGGAACAUCUCCAGUGAAGGAGACAGCAAAGGCAAACCCCACACACUGAGCUCUGCCUGCAGCUGCUCCACUGCUCCUGCUGUGCCAUUCCCAGCCCAGGAUCCAGCAUUCCUAUGGAAUCAUCACCCAAGGCUUGCAUUUCCCAGCUCUCUGACCUCGGCUAUCUCUCCACAGCAGAACAACUGCAGUGCUCUGCAAUUAUUCCCAUAAUUCAGAUCCUCGGAGCACCCUGUGCAGGGGAUUAAAAACAUCAGGAACCUCCCAUCCUCUGGGAAAGGAGCAGUGCAGGCUGCUGGACACUUCUCAGGGGCUCUCCUUGGAGGUCAGGGUGACACAGGGGUCCAGACACGUUUUGCACAGCACUGGAAAUGCCACCAGAGCCAACUAAGGGCUGAGAUUAUCCCCAAACCAAUUAAAGGAGGCGAAUUUGCUGGGGGACAAAGCUGGAAAGACAAAGAUGGGGAUUCCUUCUCGAGCAGAAAUUUGUGCUCUUUGAUUUUUGCCUUGAGAGAUCUCGACCCCCUCAGCACCUGCCCUGCCCAGCUCAGCCUCACCCCAAAGCCCUGCAGGACAGCACUGGGGGCAGGCAGCUGGGAAAUGAGGAAUAUUGUACU